CAUUCAACCUGUGAAGAUGGAGAUGGAGAGGCCCAUCCAAUAUCUGUAUCAGGCUGACAUUGAGCCGUCCACACUGAGCACUAGUGUACGUUAAACUCAGGCUUCGGUCUCUUGAAGAAUGGAUGGUUGUCCUUUGAAUCUGUUUGUGAGCUGAUCAUCCGGACACACAAAUCACCCAGAGGCUCGGCUGUGGAAUACAUCACGGACGCUCUCAGAUCUUCCAGCACGUGGAGAGACGGAGACAGACGGAAGCUGGAGGUCUGGAACGCUGGACAUCCUCACCUCGUCGCUGUUGUUUGAUUUGCAUCUUCUGCACCUGAUUUGCUCGGCUGCAGGGAGGCACUGGAAGCUCCAUUCAUCGUCACAGAGACAGCAGCACUUUGUCCAGACUCACCAGGCAGGCCUUCUUGCCAAGACAAGCAUCCAUUAGUGCAGAAACAUGGGUUCAGGAGGCCUGACAUUCAGCUGUUUGGUUUUGGCAACCCUGAUGACUCUAAAUCACGCCGGCCUGGUAAAGAAGAUGAUCAGACACCGACGGGAAGAUCUGACGAUUCCCGGCAUACACAACAUAACCCUUCCGACCUCUUCCCAACCGCUCGUUUUUAACCACGUCUACAACAUCAAAGUUCCCGGCAGCUCUUUAUGCUCGGCGGAUCUGGACUCUCCCGCUGGUUCAGAUCUUGAACAGAAGGAUGCACCAUCUGGCUCAGAAGUAACAGACCACACACUGGACAGCAGUAAUCAGAUCGUCUUCACCCACCGCAUCAACAUCCCCAAGCAGGCGUGUGGUUGUAUGGAGGGACUGCCGGACCUGAAGGAGCUCCUGAAUCGGCUGGAGAUGUUGGAGGGCGAGGUGUCGACGCUCAGAGAGCAAUGCGCCACAGAAACCACCUGCUGCAGCGCUCAGGCCACAGGUGCUAUAGGAACAAAGCCCUACUGCAACGGCCGUGGAAACUACAGCACGGACACCUGCGGCUGCAUCUGCGAGCCCGGAUGGAAGGGCCCCAACUGCACCGUUCCCGACUGUCCCAGAGACUGCAGCGACCAGGGCCGCUGCGUUAACGGAAAGUGCGAGUGUUUCGAUGGCUUUACGGGUGAGGACUGCAGUGUGGAGACCUGUCCGGUUGACUGUGGUGAGAACGGCCGUUGCGUUAACAGAGUGUGCGUUUGCAAUGAAGGCUUCUCCGGAGACGAUUGUACAGAGACGGAUUGCCUCAACAACUGUUUGGGACACGGCCGCUGCAUUGAUAGCGAGUGUGUCUGCGACGAACCCUGGACCGGAUUUGAUUGCUCCGAGCUCAUCUGUCCGCAUGACUGCUACGACCGCGGGCGAUGUGACAACGGGACUUGUUAUUGUGAUAAAGGCUUCACCGGAGAGGACUGCGGCACGAUUGCUUGUCCGAACGACUGCUCGGGACGAGGUUUUUGCAUUGACGGCCAUUGUGUAUGCAUUGCUGGCUACUCCGGCGAGGAUUGUUCCAGCUUGACCUGUCCGAACGACUGCAACCAAAGAGGGCGCUGUUUCAACGGCGUUUGCAUUUGCGAAACGGGUUAUUUCGGAGAGGACUGCGGGAAGCUCUCCUGUCUGAAUAACUGCAAUGGUAGAGGGCGCUGCAUCGACGGGCACUGCGAAUGCAACGUCGGAUUCCAAGGUCAUGAUUGUUCAGAGUUUAGCUGCCCCAAUAAUUGCAACAACCGCGGGCGCUGCGAUAACGGCCAGUGCGUUUGCGAAGAGGGAUUCGGCGGCGAGGACUGCAGCAUCAAAUCCUGCCCGUCGGAAUGCUACGGACGAGGCCAGUGCGUGGACGGGAAGUGCAUUUGCUUUGCGGACUUCACCGGCGGAGACUGCAGUGAAUUGAGCUGCCCAAGCAACUGCCUGAAACGCGGACGCUGCGUUGCGGGACAGUGCGUUUGCGACGAAGGCUUCACCGGAGAGGACUGCGGUCAGAGGAAGUGUCACAACGACUGUCUCGGCCGCGGACGCUGCGUGGAAGGACAGUGUGUUUGCCAGAAGGGUUUUGAGGGCCUGGAUUGCUCCGUUCACCUGUCCUGGAAAUCCUGCCCGUCGGACUGCUACGGACGAGGCCAGUGCGUGGACGGGAAGUGCAUUUGCUUUGCGGACUUCACCGGCGGAGACUGCAGUGAAUUGAGCUGCCCAAGCAACUGCCUGAACCGCGGACGCUGCGUUGCGGGACAGUGCGUUUGCGACGAAGGCUUCACCGGAGAGGACUGCGGUCAGAGGAAGUGUCACAACGACUGUCUCGGCCGCGGACGCUGCGUGGAAGGACAGUGUGUUUGCCAGAAGGGUUUUGAGGGCCUGGAUUGCUCCGUUCCCACCUGUCCUGGAAACUGCAAUAACCGUGGACGCUGCCUCAAUGGGAAAUGUGUGUGCGACAAGGGAUUCGUUGGAGACGCCUGUGGAGAAAGAAGCUGUCCGAAUGAUUGCAGUGGUGUGGGGCAAUGUGUGGACGGCCGCUGCGUGUGUGAUGAAGGCCACAUUGGCGAGGAUUGCUCAGAAGUCUCACCACCGGAAGACCUGACCGUCACGGAUGUGACCACGGAGAAGGUGAACCUCACAUGGAAGAACGAGAUGCUGGUGACGGAGUAUUUGGUUACGUACGUCCCGACGUCACCAGGUGGCCUGCAGCUGGACUUCCGUGUGCCUGGAGAUCGUACGUCUGCUACCGUCUCUGAGCUGGAGCCGGGAAUCGAGUAUCUCAUCAAUGUUUAUGCCGUCCUCAACAACAAGAAGAGCGUUCCUGUCAGCGCCAGAGUGGCCACAUAUCUUCCGCAGCCCGAGGGCCUGAAGUUUAAAUCCAUCAGUGAUACGUCUGUGGAGGUUUUGUGGGACCAGCUGAACGUUCCAUUCGACGGCUGGGAGCUCAUCUUCCGUAACACGAAGGAAGAAAACGGGAAGAUAGUGAACAAUCUGACACCUUCCCAGACCAACUUUGAGCAACCGGGACUCGGGCCGGGACAGGAAUAUGAAGUGACUUUGUCGGUCAUAAAGAACAACACCAGAGGACCCGGAACAAACUCGACUGUAGUAACAAGAAUCGAUUCUCCAGGGCAGCUUGACGUUGGCGAUGUGACAGACCGGUCUGCAGUGAUCUCCUGGUCCAGACCCCUGGCUGAGGUGGACGGGUUCAGGGUAUCGUACGGGCCGAGCACAGACCCGUUAGUCCAUCGAGAUGUCGACCUCCCGGCCACACACACGCAGUACAGCCUAGAAGACCUGAAACCAGACACUGAAUACAGAGUGUCUCUCAGUUCAAAGAGGGGAGAUGUGACCAGCGAGCCCAUCUUUGAGAGUUUCACCACAGGUCUGGAUGCCCCCACUGACCUCAAAGCUGUUGAUCAGACUGACAGCAGCAUCACACUGGAAUGGAAAAACAGCCGCUCAUCCAUCGACGGAUACCGUAUCAAAUACGGCCCGAUCGCAGGAGGUGCCCAUGGUGAAGACAUGUUCCCUAGAAGAGCUGGAGAUACGACAUGGGCCACGAUUACAGGCCUGAAGCCUGGAACGGAGUACGGCAUUGGAGUCACAGCCGUUCAGAACGAAAGAGAGAGUGAGCCAGUGACCACCAACGCACUGACCGAUCUGGAUCCGCCACGCGACCUGGAAGUGCGAGACUCCACCGAAACCACCCUGGAACUGGUCUGGAAGAGGCCCAGGGCCAAGAUCUCCACCUACAGGCUAGCGUUUGUCUCUGCCGACGGCCGUCGGGAAGAAGUCGAGCUGCCUGCUACUGCAACCGCCUACACCCUGAGCGGCUUGAGCCCUGGCAUGCGCUACACCGUCACCCUCGUGGCAGAACGUGGGCGGAGGAGAAGUGCUCCUGCCACCGUCACCGCCUCCACAGCAUCUUUCACUUUUUAUCUAGCGAACACAUUUCCUGAGCUCGGUUCAGCCAAAGGCACCGAUGACAAUGUCAUUAGCUUUGUGUCUCUCGACAACUCAGAGAUCCCAUUCUCUGGGAGCGGAUACAAGGAUCCCACUGGCACCUUGACUGUGUCUAAUGUCACAUCCGAAGGAUUUGAUCUUGCGUGGGAGUCAAAUAAACACAUUGGCUAUGAUAGUUACACUGUAGAACUUAAAGAUUUCUCAGGGAAAUGGAAGGAGGAGGUUCAUCUCCAUGGGGAGGUGAAUGACACUAAAAUCCGUGGCCUAAAGGCUUCCACUGAGUACCAAGUAAGGCUAUAUGGAAUAUCCAAUAACCAAAGAUCUUCACUACUAGAAGCAGUUGCAGUUACAGCACCAAAGUCUACCUCUCCUGAUGUUGUUGCUUUGACCUUCACAAGUGUUUCAACAACGCUACCAAGCCUCCAUAAGGAGGUUCAGCCAUCAGUCUCUACCUCCACUCUUUUAACAGAGGAUUUUAAAGCUGAAGCCUCAGGUGAUGAACUCGAGGACCCGAAUCAAGGGCCUCCGGGUGACCUAAACGUCACCGAUGUGAGCAGGAAUAGUUUGAGGCUGUCUUGGUCAGCUCCUGAUGGAGUCUUCGAUAGCUUCAUCGUUGAGUUGAACUCAACAUCAAAUAAGUCCAAAGACAGUGUUAUUGAAGUGUCUGGAGAAGCCAGGCAGGUCCAUGUAGAUGGAUUGAACCCUGACACGCUUUAUGAGAUUACAUUGUGUGGGAUGAAGGAGGGCGAGAAAUCCCAACCAGUCAAUGUUCACAUCAAGACAGAGGAGCAGAGGCCGCAGAUUGGCAGUCUGAGUGUGUCUGAUGUGUCUUGGGAUAGCUUCAAUGUGUCCUGGACCAUUGAGGAUGACUCUGCCUUUGACAGUUUUGUGAUUGAAGUGGCAAAUGCAGCAGGUCCAGAAAGACAGGACCUUUCGGUAUCUGGUGAUGCACGUAGUUUAUGGAUGUCUGGGCUCAGUCCCGACACGUCCUAUAUAAUUACGCUGUACGGAGUGCAUCAGGGCUCGAUCCUGGGAUCGAUCUACACUCAAGCAGCUACAGAUAGUGCUCCAGUGGUUGGCAAUCUGUAUGUUUCUAAUAUUACAUCAGAGAGCUUCUCCAUUUCAUGGAAUGACACGAGAGGAGAUAUUGAGAGGUUUAUCCUGGAGAUUAUAGACUCUAGCUGGCAGCGGGAGCCAGUCGAAUAUAAUCUGUCACAAAGCACACAGUCGUAUGAAAUCACUGGGCUGCGGCCGACUACUGACUAUAUAGCUUACCUCACUGGAGUCGUGAAGAGAAGGAGAACAGACUCCGUCAGUGCUGUCGCCUCCACAGCGGCCGAGCCUGACUUGUCUGGGCUAGUUGUUUCAAACAUUACCUCAGACACAGUGUCGCUCUCCUGGCGGAUGGGAGAGAAGGCGUUUGAUAAUUUUAUAGUCGAGGUGAGAGAGUCUGCUUUGCCCACGCAGGCGACGGGGCGCACCUUACCCGGAGGUGUUCGCUCCACGGUGCUGACCGGCCUCAGAGGAGACACGCGGUAUCAGAUCAAGCUGUACGCCACCUUUGGUGGCACAAACACAGCUGCCCUGACGACUGUAGUAACCACAGAGCCGAAGCCUAAAUUGGGCCCCAUUGUGGUUUCUGAAACACGGCCGAAUAGCUUGACGCUGUCCUGGAGCACACUGUCAGGCCACUUCGAUGGCUUUGCUGCUCGUGUCACUGACCGUGAGCAGCUCUAUGAUGUUGUAGAGCUCAGGCUGUCAGGUGCAGAGAGGAACCUUACUGUAACGGGUCUUAUGGACUCUACGGUUUAUGAUAUAGGGUUUUAUGGUCUGUCUCAUGGCCGUCAAACUCCAGCAGUUUCCUUCAAUACCAGUACAGCGUCAUUACCUAGAGUGGAAAAUCUCACGGUUUCGGAUAUUACCCCGUACGGAUUUCGGGUGUCCUGGGCGGCAGACUCCUCUGAAGGCUUCAGGCAUUUUCAGGUAAAGGUGUCGGACUCUGGCCAGCUGCUGGAGCCGCAAGAGUUCGUAGUGCCGGGGAACCAGACCGUACUGGAUGUUUUGGGCCUGAUCACUGGCAUUGGCUAUGAGGUCAGUGUGACCGGGGUGUCAGGGAAUGGGUUACAGUCUCGUCCAAUCACCACAGUGGCUGUUACAGAGGCAGAGCCAGAGAUCGAGCACCUUUUCGUGUCGGACGUCACCCCUGAGAGUUUCCGGCUGGCCUGGACGGCAGAAGACGACAUCUUUGAUCGAUUCGUUCUCAAAGUUAGAGAUUCGAGAAAGCUCUCCCACCCUCGAGAGUUCGUUGUGCCGGGCGAUGACAGAACCAAAGUUUUAACGCAGCUUUUGGGGGGAACCGAGUAUGAAAUUGAGCUUUACGGUGUCACGCUGGAACAUCGCUCCCAACCCAUUACUGCUGUUGCCAGAACAGGCCUUGGAGCUCUACGGGACCUUCGUUUCUCCGAUAUCACGGACACAACAGCUGUGGCUUCCUGGACUGUACCGCGAUCCCAGCCGGACUCCUACAGAAUCACUUACAUCCCAGUCCAAGGAGGUACUCCCGUGAUCCUGACAGCGGACGGGUCACAGUCUCAGGUUUCGCUGACAAAGCUGAUUCCUGGAGAGGCGUAUCAGAUGUCGGUUGUUGCAGUGAAAGGUCUGGAGGAGAGCGAACCAGUGUCCGACACUUUUACGACAGCCCUGGAUACGCCACGCAGCCUGACUGCUGUCAAUGUCACUGACACAAAGGCGCUGUUGCUGUGGCAACCUGCCGUGGCGACCGUGGAUGGAUAUGUGAUCACAUACAGUGCAGACACUGUGCCACCGAUAUCAGAGCAGGUUUCUGGAAACACGGUGGAGUUUGAGAUGAGCUCCCUGGCUCCAGCAACUCAAUACACUGUCAAUGUUUACGCCAUCAGAAACCGAGAGAAAAGCGCUCCGGCGACCACAGACUUCACCACAGAUGUGGACGCUCCGCGGGAUCUGGUUGCCAGUAAUAUUCAGACAGACAGCGCCGUUCUCACCUGGACGCCGCCGCGGGCCGCCAUCACCGGAUAUAUCCUGACCUUUCAAGCGUCUGACGGCGAUGUCAGGGAGCUGAAUCUAGAGCCGUCUGCGACCUCACACAGUCUGUCUGAUCUGAGCAGCAGCACUGAACACACAGUCAGACUGCAGGCCGUCGCUGAGGACAAGAGGAGCACACAGAUCAGCAGCGUCUUCAGCACAGUUGGCAUGCGCUACAGGAACGGCAAGGACUGCUCAGAAGCUCUGCUGAACGGAGAGACGUCCUCCGGGCCGUACACCAUUUACAUCAGCGGAGACGAGAAGCAGCCGGUCCGGGUUUACUGUGACAUGAGCACUGACGGCGGUGGCUGGAUGGUGUUCCUACGGCGUCAGAGCGGCAAGGUGGAUUUCUACAGGAACUGGAGGAACUACUCUGCAGGAUUCGGUGACACGAACGAUGAGUUCUGGCUCGGACUUUCAAAUCUUCACAAAAUCACCUCAGCCGGUCAGUAUGAGUUGCGCGUGGACCUGCGUGAUGGACAGGAGAGUGUGUUUGCUGUCUACGAUAAAUUUUACAUCGCAGAUCCUCGUUCCCGCUACAAGAUCCAGAUUGGUGCAUACAGUGGUACCGCAGGUGAUUCCUUGUCGUAUCACCAGAACAGGCCCUUCUCCACCUAUAACAAUGACAAUGACAUUGCCGUCACCAACUGUGCCCUGUCCUACAAGGGAGCGUUCUGGUAUAAAAACUGCCAUCGAGUGAACCUGAUGGGGAAAUAUGGAGACAGCAGUCACAGCAAAGGCAUCAAUUGGUUCCACUGGAAAGGCCACGAGCAUUCGAUUCCAUUCACGGAGAUGAAGAUCCGGCCAGUCAACUUCAGAAACUUGGAAGGCAGACGGAAAAGAUCAUAGACUUUAAAUGCUCCUUUUUCUCUUUUCUCCAAAAUCCCACACAUCUCUUGUCACAGACAGAUACGAUUAGAUCUCCUGAGUGAAACAUUUCUAGCCAUUUGAGCUCUGCCUUCCAUGUCAACAUUAUUAUCAUCAUUAGAGACAGAAUAUGUUAUAAACGGCCGUGACUGGUGGAGGGUUUUCCAUAAACUUGGUAAAAACAGGCACGUGAAAUGUGAUAUUUCUUCCUAUAACAAGCAUGAUUAAAGGAAAUCUUCAAUGAUCUUAUACAGUUCUUGUUCAGAAGUGAUGUCAUUUCCUCUACUGAAUCAUUACCACGCUCAGGUCUGACAUACAGUAGCCAGGAUGGUGCAAAUAAGUGUGUUCAUUUUGUCAGCAAAAUUUCAAUGUGAUUGUUUUCUGCAAGGAUUGUAUUGUGUAUUAUUGAUCAUUUGUUUUAAAAAUUAUUUUUAUUUAGUUUUCUUUCCUCCCCCCCAUAGAGUUCUCAGUAACUAUAAUCCCUAAAAAAAAGUGUUGAUUAAACUUGAUCUCUUCUCCUGGAAUGUGUCUAAAAUUGA